AUGAUGAACUUUCGGUAUGCCUUGCAUCUUUUUCUUGCCAAGGGUGGCGAGGGACUAGCCGUUGGUUCACCUCUUUCGCGUGGCUUUAAGAGCCACAUCGCUUCUGGUCGGCUUCAUUCUGAUACGCUAUUGACGCCACAACGUUCUGCGAACAAUGAGGGCUCUUCGCUCUUUACGCCACAGACAGAUUCAGCGACGAUGACUACGCCCGCGCCACAUGUCACGUCGACUGCCACAUCUGACUCUAGCGAGCCCGGGCAUCAGAAGGCGGAUGAGAUGCUGGAAGAUCCGACUCAAUUGGCAAAUGAGCUGUUGAGGGGCCGCGUGCACGCCUCAUUUUGGCAGAGCUAUUCAAAGCGAAUUGAGUAG